AUGUUUUCGGCAGGCCGCGCAACGCAGCCGGCAGCGCCGACAGAGGCUCAGGCGAUAGCAUGGCUUAAUGUGGGCAAGAGCUACAAGGCCGGCGAAGACGACGAUGAUACGAACGAAGGGUUCACGCCCGUGGCCCCGUCGCGCCAGCCCACUGGUCCCAUCGCGCUGCCCAAGCCUGCGCGUCGCGCCGAGGAGCCGCGGGCGCUUGCGCAUAAGCGGCCGAUCGCUCCUCCUUCCAAGGUCGACAAGCUCUACGAAAUCGAUCACGGCAAGGACAAGGACAAUCUCUUUUACGGCACGCUCAACGCGACCGACGUGCCCCGGUACCAUCUCUUCAAGCGCAAGCGCGAGGCGGACGACGAAGCGUCAUUGCGCUACUUUGACGCCAAGCACAAGGUCUCGGCGCUGUCGCUGCACCUCCCGACCGAGCGUGGCGAACGAGCAACCGACGACGACGGCGCGCCCUUCCUUGCGCUCGAGCCGUAUACGCCGAUCCGCGACGAGGACGCAGAGCUCGAGAGCCAGCGGCGCGAGGCGCGUGUCGUGGCGCAGAACAAGCACUUCAACGCGGCGCUGCGCCAGGACCCGUCCAACGUCGACCUCUGGCUCGCCUACAUGCACGUGCAAGCCGACGCGCUCGGCGACAUGAAAUCCAAGGCCAAGCAGCGCGCGCUUCUUCUCGAAAAGCAAGUCGCGAUCUGGUCGCGUGCGAUGCUAGCCAACCCGACGUCGGACGCGCUUGUGCAGUUGCAGUGGUUUCUCUGCAUGCAGCGCUCGGACGAAGCCGACAUCCUCGCCGAGCUCGAGCGCAGCGUCUUGGCGCACCCCGAGCACGCUGACGCGUGGCUGCACUUGCUCCAGCGCAAGCAGAUGCAGUUUGGCGCCUUCUCUGUCGCGGCGCUGCGCGACCUCUUUGCCCGCAUGAUCCAGUCGGUUCAAAUGCGGUCGGCAUCCUCGGACGUGCGCGACGCGACGCUUGUGCAUUUUGCGACGCUUCUCUGCCGCAUGGAGGCGCAGAGCGGGUACGUCGAGCGCAGCAUUGGGCUCCUCCAAGCACUCCUCGAGCUCAACGUGAGCUGCCGGUCGCCACAUGCAAUGACCGAGUUUGGAGCGUACUGGGAGCAGCAUGGCUCGUCGUGGGGCGAGCGCGGGGUGGAUGCCGGCGACGUGCCACCGUUGUCGACGACGCUGCCGUCCAUGGAGACGUUUAUCGCAAGCGUCCAAGAGCGCAGUGAGCGGUCGCUGGAAGCGUCGCAGCCGCCUCUGCACUUGCGCGGGCUGCCACACCACCAGCCCGAGAGCUCCGAGGCCCGCGGAGUCGACGCCUUUUCGGACGAGCAUUUUUCCAAGCACGAAGGGGACAACGGCCAAGACGAAGGCUAUGUGUGGAGCAACAUUCACGGCCACCGCGUGCAUAUCAAGGACGCCGAAGACGCCGCCGAGUACGAGCGCAUCUUGCGCGAGCUUCGGUCCAACCAGCCCGAGGUCGACGAUGUAGCCAUCACGAAGAAGAAGGCAAAAACAUCCGCGAACGACGUGGACGAACGCCUCGCGUUUGAUCGGCUCCAGGACGACAACGAGCAUGCAUCUUUGCUGCUCGAAGAGGACUUGCUCAUGGCGACGCAGUGGCGCCCGCUGCGUCCAAACGACCCCGCCGACGCCCCACUGAUCGACGAGCAGCCCGACCGUGUCUUGCUCUUCGACGAGAUCCAGCCCUUCCUCUUUACAGUCCAGCCGCGUGUGCACAUGAACCUCUUCCUUGCGCUCGUCGCCGAGGUCGGCAUCCGACCGAGAUACAGCACCCCCGAGUACAUGUACGCGGAUGCGCUGGAUACAGACGGACUCGAAAAUCUCUGCGACGCCUUUUUCCAAAGCGACGCACCGGCGAUCGAACCGCGCAGGAUGCUGGACUCGCUCCUCCACGACAGCAUCGUCGUGGCUCGCGAUACGCUCUUGGAUCCGUCCAAGCUCGCGUGGGCGCGGCGCCUUCUUCUGCAGGGCUACGCGCAGCUGCAGCGGGUCGAGUGCCUCGGUCUGGCGCUCGACCUCGAGACGCAUGUCGGCAUGCACCUCGGCGAGCACGAGCCGGCGCGCACCUUUGCCAAACAUGUGCUCUCGGCCGAGCCGUCGUCGCUUUUGCUUUACGAGCGCUAUGCGUGCAUGGAGUGGCGGUUUGGCAAUGACAAGAUGACGAGCCGCAUCUGCGAAAAGGCAUCGGCGUCCGCCGCCAACUCGCUCGAGACGCACCGCUUUGCGUACUGGCGCGUUCGCUUCGAGCUCAACCAAGCGGACGACAAUGUCGGCUGUUUGUGGCGGUGUCUCUACCUUCUCUACGCCAUCUACGACCCUACAGUCGAGUCGCUCGCCAGAGCCUGCAAGCGGCUCAAGAAGCAAAAGGCACCUCCAAGCGCGCUCCUGACGCCGACGAUGCAGGUCCGUUUGCAUCAAAGCACGCAGCGAGACGUCCAAGCCGCCUUGGAUGCGCUGGGUACUGAGACCCAGGCGACUGUCAGUGUGCCCAUCACCGCCGUGUGUCUCUACCAUGCGCUGCUGGUGGAGUUUGUGCUCGGUGGGUGCGCGUGCGAACUCCUCUUGACGCGUCUCCGCACUUCGGUCGACGCUCUCGACACUGCCUCGCGCUUGGGUCGAUGGCAUAACUCGACGACCGUCGUUGAUGUCGCACGCCAGUGGUUCCUCGCUGCGGGCUUGGACCUGCUCCUCCGGACCGGCGCCUCGCCCAAGCAGUGGCGUGUGGGCACCCACUUGGCCGUCUCGACCGUGCAAUCGCAGUCGGUGUUUGCCGCGCUGUUUGUGGACGCCGAGAAGAAGAAUACGAUGGCUCAGCAAGUGCGGCGGUUCGUCCAAGGCGCGGUGCAGGCCGCGCAGAAGCAGUUCGACGCACCCUCGCCCCAGCUCUGGCUCGUCGCGCUGCUCGCAGAGCUCUACCGUGCGGGGCCGAGCGACGCGGCGUGCUGCGCGCGUCACGCAUGGGGCGCCGUCGCCAUCCAGCGCAUUCGCAAAGUCUUCGAAGAUAGCCUAUCCCACGCCAGUUGGCGCAGCGAAGGGUGUGCUGUGCUGUGGCGGCUCUACCUCCGCUUCGAAGUGCACGUCGGCUGCGUCGACCGCGCGACCAAGGUCCUCUACCGCAGCAUCCACAAGUGCCCAUGGUCCAAGGCACUGUAUCUGGAUGCGAUCCGGGUCCUCGGCCCAUACCUCCCGAGUGAGACCCACCACGAAAUCCUCGGGUGGCUCGUCGCCAAAGAGCUCUAUUUGCGCUUUGAGAAGGACUCUUAG